UCAUUCCAAGAGAACUAAAUUGCCCUUUUAGAAAGUGAUCCAUCGAUAGGGAAAUGUUGGCAGUUUGUGCUGGUCAAUCUGAAGCAGAAUGAAGCGCAGAAAACUGUGAAAGCAUGUAAGAGUCGGAAAGGAUGGAUCUCGAAUUGGGCCAACCUUGAUGAGUUUGGACAUGAACAAAAAAUAAAUCAAAAUACGAGGAAGUUGCGAAAGUAAUAAUCAAUAAUAAAUGAUGUCGAGCGACGGCCGAUGGAAAACAUGUGGCGGAACGUGUUCGUUCGCGGUUUCAGUCAAAGUUUUGUGAGCAGAGGGUGAACAACACAUUGUUUUUGUUUGGGGCGCCGUUGCCACUGAAACCCCCAAACAAACCCAUGAUUUGGCGAUGCCGGUGCCAGAAAACAGCCGCCAGUUGAGUGAAUGAAAAACUCACUACGGAAGGAAACUGCACGGAAAAACUAGCGGCCGUAGCGAAAACAAACCGAACUCGGCAAAGAAGUCCCUUUCGUUCUAGUAUGUUCGCAGUCUAAGCAUGACCACCACAGGCAAGCUCUCCAACUUUCGACAACUGUCCCUAAUAUGCGACUCACCCUCGCCUCACGCAAAACGCCAGAGCUUGAAAAAGCAGUUUUCCGAAGACUUUUCUGACUUCAAAGACCCGUGGUUUGACCAAGGCCCGGAAGUUUACCUCAAUGCCAGAAACAAACGACUUGAGAGAACCGCUACCGAUAAACCUCCUCCUAUCAAGAUCGCCUGGUGUGAGAAAACAGAUAAAUUUGCCUUGAACGAGGAAGUAAUAAUUAAAAAAUGCAAGGAGAUUAAGCGAGCGCCGAGUGUAAAACUGGCGCGACAUCCCUCGCUGGAAAAGGACUCAAUUUUGAACUCCAAACAUGAUCUGAGGAACAAAGCGGAAACAGUUGACAAAGAAAAUGACAAAGCCGAAACAAAACCGAAUUUGCAAAUCUUUUUAGCGCACAAUACACACGACUACAACGAAUGCCAAACUUCAGAUAGUUUCGAGUCGCUGAUGGACAGUAGGCAGCAAUGUUUAGAGAGAUCGAAACCUAAGUAUCUCCAGCCGCUUUUGUCAAAUGUUGAAACUUCAAAGGCAUUUCAGAUCAGGAAGAGUAACAGUAGAAAGACGUUAGAAUCACCUAAAGCCGUAGAAGUCAACCAGAAGAGACCAAAUUUUUCUAGAAGCAACACAAUAGUGGUGGUUCCUUUGGUGGAAAAGCUUGACCAAAGCGACACACCUCGACAGGUGGUAAAAGAUGAAGAAACUAAACGCGAAAAGGACGAAGAUUCAAAUGGGAUUAACGUGAUUAUACGGCCAAUGACCGCACAGACCAGACGGGAAAAAUUCCAAAAGCGCACCAAUUCAGCAUUUCACGGAACCUCGAAAGAAACAGCAAUCAAUUUUAGACCGCCUUUAGUCAGAUCUUCGUCAGCACCAAGCAUUAAGCCCGAGAAGGGCAAGUUUUUAGCUACCAAGAGGAAGUUGAAAAAUGGAAAAAAAGUAUCCAGGUCCUCCAAAGGAGACCAUUCUCCACACGCCGUAGACGGCCAAGAGUGGAAAAAUGCAGCUCACACUGCGUCUGAAAUUGUCACGAUGGUUUCCCUCAUCAGUCCCAGUGGAAGUGAAAAUGAAGCGGAUUCUGAAGACGAGUUGAAAGCCCGGCCCAAAUCUGCUCUGAAAAGGGAAGACAGUGCUGUGGAAAAGACUACGACAGUUGGAAAGGAAGCAGCCAAUAAAGACGGCACUAAAAACGUGUCACUGAGGAAAACGGUUAAAUCAGGUAAGCUGCCCUUUUUAAUAAUAUUAAUCAUGUUCGCGUGAGACACUUCGGAUCUCUUUUAAAUAACAUAGAAAUAUCGUGCCUUUCUUUGACAUAAUUUGGUCUCGAUUCUUCGCUCGUCUUAAAAUCGAGGUUUUCAGGUUGGUCUGGCCUUCCACUUUCAGUCAUGACCUGUUUAACUAUUUAAAAGUUUCGCAUGGCAUAAUAAUUUAUCUCCAACAUUCUCAUUUAAGUAUCUUGGGCAAGUCGGAAAGCUUAAAGUAUCGAUCAAGUGGCACUUUUUUCAGCGAAUUACUUUUGAAAACUUUCUCCUUGGACUCAUGCCAACUGGGCUCGUUUCUUGCUCUUUAAUCGGAAAUCGCAGUUCGUUCAAGCACAAAAAAGCCUAAACUUAGCAUUGUUCGAUUUUUAGAGCAGGGAAAAUUGCCUGGAUUAAACCACCGUUCUCAU